AUGAAAGACAUUACUGUCAACAAAUUUCAAGUGAUUUUUGCUUCUGCGGAACAAGCGCUUUCCAAAGAAUUUAGAGAUUUGCUGAAGGACGAAUCGUCGGAAUUCAGGAAGAAUUUGUCCUUGGUUGUGGUCGACGAAUGUCACACUAUCGAAACCUGGCAAGUUUCUUUAGGGGUAAAACCUGUAAGUCAAUUUCCAUCCGGUGAUCUGUCGUUCUCUUUUGAAAAACAGUUACAUGAGUGUAAAUUUCCACACGCUAGUUAAGCUUAAGUGAGUGUGAUCGAAUGCAAAAAAGUGAUCUUCAUACCUUACAGCUAGUCCCGCAUUUACAAUAGUUUACUUGUGUUCACAAGGGCAAGAGUAAAAAAUGCGGGAACAAGUUCCUUCAACCAUUUCGAAAGGACUUUGGCUCGCUAUCUACGUUGCGAUCUUUUUGUGCAGGUAUUAUAAAGAAUGUGUAUUCGAUAUGUGAUUACGCAUGCAUAAUAACUGUAUGGGGCUGUGCGGAAAUGUUAACUUUUAGCUUUUUAAAUGGAAGUAUCCCUGAUAGUUUACACACAUCGUUUACUGUAAAAGAACACUUGCAGAUGUCGCUAGUUUUAAAGUGCUGGGCAACAUAAUCUUUUUGUUGUCACCAUUUUAGAAAUGCAAGCUUAAUCUUUUCAAUAUUUGAGAAAUAAGCAAUGUUUCAAAGAUAUAAUAUAAUUUUUUUAGUCAGACCUUUUUUUAGUCAGAUCUUUGUAAAAAAUCUACUAGCCAACACCUUACAUAUGCAAGUUUUUAUUAUGUGGCAUACUUAAAGGGCUUUCUAUAUUUAGGUAUCCCAUUCUUGGCGUUAACUGCAACAGCUGAUGUUAAAAUGAAGCAGACCAUCAUGAAAGACUUGUCUUUCAAGAAAGACAAAGUUGUUUUAGAUAUCAGUCCUGAACGGAGCAAUAUUCGUUUCACCAUCAUAAAAACAAAAAGAGAAAACCAUCUCCAACAUCUUCAGUGGUUAAUUGACAUGAUUCGAUUGGAAAGGGAAAAUAUGCCCAAAACCAUAAUUUUUUGUACCACAAUGCAAGAUGUGGCCAAAUUGAGUGGACACCUUCUUGGAAUGCUUGGUGCCGAUGGCUAUGUUACUGACAAGCCUUGUGUGCCAGCGAACCGACUGCUUGGAAUCUAUCAUUCCAUGACUUGGCCAAAGUACAAGGGUAGAGUAACUGAUUCCUUCAAGCAAGAUAGUGGCUGUGUUAAGGUUGUGGUUGCAACCUCUGCGUUAAGUAUGGGGGUCAACUUCCAAGAUGUAAAAUUUAUCAUACACAUUGGUCCUGCACGGAGUACAGUUGAUCACAUUCAGGAGGCAGGACGGGCAGGUCGUAAUGGAAAACCUGCACACAAUGUGAUCAUUUAUCACGGCAAUCAACUCUCACAAUGUGAUAAGGCAGUCAAAACGUUCUGUAAGACAGACACUUGCAUACGCAAGACCUUGUUUGAAGCGUAUGCUGCUGUGGAAAGUUUAACAUGUCUGCAUGACUGCUGUAGCAACUGUGAGAAGAAGUGUUUAUGUGGCGGGGGUGAGUGCAAGCGAGAAGCAUUUCCUUUUGACAACCCCAUGGGAUCUUUGCAAUCAGAGAGCACUAUAACAACCCAGAGAACUGUAAAUGCUGAGGAUCGCAAUGUUCUCCAUGAAGCCUUAACUGAGUUGCGGAGCAAUUUGAAUGGUCCCACAUCGUCAGUGUUUGGACCUUCUAGUGCUCAUGGAUUUUCCACUGAACUUAUCAGUGAGCUUGUGGUAGAAGCUUCCUCGAUAUUUUCGGUUUCUGACAUUUUAAAGAGGUUUCCUGUAUUUAACAUUGUUCAUGCAAAGAUGGUUCGAGAAAUAUUUCAAGAAACCUUUGAGGACAUAGCCUGCUUCGAGGAGAUCAUGCAGGCUUUGCCUGAAGAUUUGUCCAAUUUCUUUGACAAUCCCGGAGAAAAGGAGCUUCUUUUC